CGCCAGACAACAAACAUGGCGGUGCCCGGGUCGUCAUGUUUGUUAUCUGCCCCAAACGACGCUGUUAAGAUGCAGUUAGAGUCCGGCGACAGCGGAGCCGUUAGACCGGACGACUUGCCUGUGAAACGGGAUCCGGUCGUCUCGCUGUUGUCCCCGGUAAUCGGCUCGCAGCCGCUCGUUUGGUCGCAGGACCACCGGCUUUCUGUGUGUACGUCCUGCUCCUUAGUGCUACUGGAACUCAUGUGUGACGUCACCAGCAGCAAGCAGGACCUCGUCCUGCACAGAACUUCUAUUCUGCCGCCCGCUGAUGCUCGCAAGAUUCGGGUGGGGCCAGAAAAAAAGCAGGAGAAGGCCAUCCAGCACUUUACCUCACACCCAGACCCCAGCUUAAGGCAAGUUUUUCAUCUGGACAGAGUGAUAGAUCCCUUGGGAGUAGCGCCCAAAGGAGUUAAAUACGCCAGUUGGUCUCCAUUGGGCUGCGACUCCAGUGGACGCUGCCUGCUAGCGUGCCUAACUCUCGACCACAGGCUCGCCAUCCAUCACAGCCGCAAGCCUUUCACGUGGACCUCGCUCGUGGACCUCACCCAGACAUACGGCGACAUGCUCGAGGAGCGAGGCUACGCCAAAAAAGACGACCAGCCGCCUCAGAAAAACCUGCAGGACUUCGAGGAGCUGCAGCGCCGUUUCCAGAUGCAGACCCCCGUGAGGAUGAAGUGGUCGAGCAUCUACAAGACGAAGCAGGUGCAGACUGACAACGCCUGCCUGGACGUGGAGAUGGUCCUCCUCGCCGUUUUGAUGGAAAACGGUGACCUGGUUUUGUGGAAGUUUGUGUUGCCGUUCGAGAGCGGCGCCGACGUUGUGUUUUUCGACGUCAUCGAGUCGGGGGUGAGCAGACCCAGUGAUUUGGCGUGGUGGGAGUACGAAAACGCGGACAGGCGGAUGAGCGGGUUGAUCGUCGGCAGCGAGCUGGGCACCGUGAAGAUCAUGCCGGUCAGCAUGGCGGGGGUUAAGGGCUACUUCACCCUGCGUCACCCCGUCAUCCUCUGGAAGGAGUGUGACCACAUCGCUGCUGAAAGCAUCACGUGCGUGCCUUUGGUCCACCCCGUUCAGAAGUUGAGCUGCAGCCUCAUUGUGGCCGCUCGCGGCUGCUACAUCUACUGGUGUUUGCUCAUGGUUUCCCCUAGCGGACUAAACGUGUACAACUCUCACGUGUUGGGCCUCCACUCGCUUCCGGUCACUUCGCUCGCCGUCACCAAGCAGGGGGUCGUGUACGCGUGCUACAUGGACGGCUGGGUAAAAAAGCUGACGCCCAAAUUUACAGAAAAAACUCUGUUUUUCGACCGAGAGGACAUGCUGGGCCCUGAGUUUCUCGGUGAGAGGCGGCUGCAUGGUAUCGCAGUGAGCAGCAACGGAGCGUACGUCGCGCUGGCCAGCACACAAGGUCUGGUGGACAUGUUUCACCCCAUUGAAAGGAAUUACCAGGUGCACUUUAUUGCCUUGAAAUCGCCAGAAACGGCAGCGGGACUUCUGUUAAAGUCCCCCACACAGAACCUGUACCAGCAGGCCGACCUGCUGGAUCUCAUGAGGUGGACCAUCCUAAAAGACAAAAGAAUUCCAGAGGCGUUGCAGCAGGAGCUGGAUCAGAAGAUCCAGGACCUAGACUCUCCCUAUUUGUGGCGCUUGAAGCUGUUUUUGGUUCGCGUGAUGUACCAGUCACUUCAGACGCCGCUGACGGAUCACCUCUGGAAACCGUCCGGCGAGGCCAGCAAGGCGUCCGUGCUCGACGGGGAGGACGAGGACGGAGACGAGGAGGAUGAGUUGGAAAACGAGUGCGGGGAGGCCGGUGCCGUCAAAGCGGCGACGCUGGAGAAUCCAGAGGAGCGGAUGGAGCAGGCGAAGGCAUUGAUAGAUUCAGUGGAGACCCAUCUGGUCAACAAGAACAUGAAGAAGCUGCUCGGUGUGGUUUACCUUAACACGCGCAUCACGGAGAACACAUGCGUCCCCACGUUGGGCCUGGCCGACCAUCUCUCGAAAGAUACCAGCGACAAGGACGUGGAGGUCCUGAUCGGACACAUCAAGAAAAAGAUGCACAAGCAGACGUUCCAGGAGCACUGCUGCUUGUGUCAGGACGUGCUGCCUUUCACGGACCACAAACAAGCCAUAUGCGGAAAUGGCCACAUUUGGCUCAGGUGUGUGUUGUCUUACCAGGCGUGCCAGGCGCUGAGAUUCCGGCGCUGCCUCUUGCAGGACAGCAUCUCAGCACUGCCAGCACCUGAGGAUCCACAGUGGGUGAAGAAGAUCCUCCAGGCACCAUGUUCCCUCUGCGACUCGCCAAUGGUUUAGUGCUAAACCACCGCAGGAACACAAGUAUGCCUGCACUCUCCACAGGGUCCAACCACUGCUAAUAUGUCAUGCUAAUUAUUAUUAUGUCUGCAUAUAGAAUAUUGUUUCCUCACCAGUGCAAACACCUGCUGAGGUCUUAACUGCAUAUUUUCAUGAGGCAAAACAGUGAUUCUCAACUGUAGUAUGGGUACCACUAGUGCGCAGGUGUCAAACUCAAGGCCCAGGGGCUAGAUGUGGCCCGCUACUUCAUUUUAUGUGGCCCUCCAAAGUGCUUUAUUAAAGUACUUUCUGGCUAAAUGUAUUUGUUCUUUUAAUUCUGACAGAAAAAAAAUAGUGACCUCAGGAUUCGAUUCCGAUUCUUGGGAUGGCGAUUCGAUUCAACACGUUUCUUGUCAUAUAUUUGGUAUAUACAUUUUACUCAGACCUUUUCAAAACAAAAGUUCCUCUUGGCUGCUGACAUAUGAUUUAUACGCACAUUGUUGGCAUAAAAAACGUCUUUUUAAAAUGUGUUUUUUAUUCUUUUUAUUUACAAAAAUGACAGAAUGUUAAUUUUUGUAAAAAAAAUACUGACCUCAGGAUUCGAUUCCGAUUCUUGGGAUGGCGAUUCAAUUCGACACGUUUCUUGUCAUAUAUUAUUUGGUAUAUACAUUUUACUCAGACCUUUUCAAACAAAAGUUCCUCUUGGCUGCUGACAUAUGAUUUACACGCACAGUGUUGGCCUAAAAACGUCUAUUUUAAAAAUGUGUUUUUUUUUUUUUUUAUGUACAAAAAUGACAGAAUGUUAAUCUAAUUAAAGAAAAUGGAGCAAACCAAACUCCAACCCAAUCCGAGGAGCUUUAAAAUACUGAGGGUAGACAUUUACAAAGCGUUUGAGAAAACAUAAAAAUAUCAGACUAAAAAAAAAACGGAAAAACAAAAUUUGCAAAACCACAGUAUCAAUAAUAACAAUGACAGCAAUAAUAUUUAUUUAAUAUUUUUAAUCCAAAAAAGGAUUCUUUAAAAAAAGAAUAUUAAAAAAAUCGAUUCUUUUUUUAUUGUUAUUUUUAAUCGAUUUAGAAGCAGACUAAAUAAGAAUUGCGAUUCAAAUGGGAAUCAAUUUUUUUGAGUACCCGGCAUCUUGUUAACUUUGUUAUUAUUUGUCAUGCAACAAAAUACUCCAAUUAGGGCUGGGCGAUAUUUUAUCUCGAUAUUUUUAGGCCAUGUCACGAUACACCAUAUACUGUAUAUCUGGAUAUUUUGCCUUAGCCUUGAAUGAACACUUGAUGCAUAUAAUCACAGCAGUAUGAUGAUUCUAUGUGUCUACAUUAAAACAUUCUUCUUCAUACUGCAUUAAUAUAUGCUACUUUUAAACUUUCAUGCAGAGAGGGAAAUCACAACUAAGUCAAUUGAGCAAAAGUGUGUUUAUUAAACAGUUAUUAAGCAGUGGCACAAACAUUCAUGUCAUUUCCAAAACAGAAAGUGCAAGAUUGUCAGAGACAUUUUUAAAACAAGCUAUUAGUGCACUUUUGUGCAUGAUGUCACUAAGAUGACAUAUCAAAACAACACUGAAUUAAAGUGCACUUUUUGUACAAACGCCACUACAAUAGUUUAAAACAAAUAAAGUGCACUUUUGUGCAUGAUGUCACACAAGAUAUUUCAAUAAGUGUCAAAUAAAAAUGAGCUGCAUAAUAGGAAAUCAAAUAGUGUAUGUCCUUCACUAUGUGGUAGGUUCCUGCGGACGUUAUCUCCUUCUGUUGUUGACUAUUUUUUUCAUACGGUGUUGAUGUGGAAAUGGUUGCCUCGGCAUUUUGUUGGUGUGGCACCGAACGGAGAUGUUGACAUGCGGAGUUUCAAGCACUCUUCAUUCUCUAGCGGGUGACUUUUCAAAUGAUGCUACAAAUUAGCAGUGCCGCUACUUUUUGUAGCAACGCUUUUGCCCCACACUUGACAAAUGACGGUUGUCUGUUCGACAUCUUCCCGCUUGAAGCCAAACCACCGCCAGACGAUGGACCCCCUACUGUUUUUCUUGGGAAUUAAUUCUUCCUUCAUUUGUUACCAGAUUCGCACCUUCUUUCUCUCGUAUUACCACUCGCACCACAGCUAACGUUACCCAUGCUGCUACCUCUCUGCUCCGCGAGGGCGUAUAUGUAUGUGACGUAUGUAAAAUGGUGCGCUUGUUUUACGUCUCUGUGAGAAGGAGAGACAAGAAAGAAUGGGAAACGCAUGUAGUGUAAUGCCCGCAGCUAAAAGCAACUGCGUGAGAACGUAUACUCGAAUAUCACCAUAUAGUAAUUUUCUAUAUCGCACAGAGACAAACCCGCGAUAUAUCGAGUAUAUCGAUAUAUCGCCCAGCCCUAACUCCAAGCAUUUUUUAAAAAUUUUUUGGGGUUAUCAAAAAUAAAUACAUAAAUAUCUGCUUGUCACCUUGACUUACACUUGCAAAUCAAGUUAUCCAUCAAACUGUUGGUAAAUGAUAAUAAGCACAAUUGCCUAUGCAAACGAGGCUAUUGUACAUUUAUAUUUAUAAAUAUUUACCGUUUCAAACGGCCCUUCAUAACUAGAACGGGGCCCUCACUAAAAACAAGUUUGACACCCGUGCACUAGUGGUACGCCAAAGAUUUGAAUAUUUUUUUAAGUACAGUGUUUUAUUUUCCUAUAUUACUAUAUAUAACUGUAUGCAAUGUGGCCAAAAAUAAUAAAUAUAUUUUUGUUAAAUAAAA